AUGAAGCGAUAUUUCCAGAAAGAAGCACAACACAUUUUUACGCCACAGACAACAAUGUUUCAUCAGCAAAUCACUGUAAAUGCCAUCCUUAGCUCUGUAAGUCGACUUGAGCAGGAGAUUCCUGAGGCGGCUUGCACAACCGGUGUCUUUGAAAUUAAACUCAAGUUAAAGAUAUCACCAGAGAAUCGAUCGAAAAUGCAAAAGGGUUUAAAUCAAGGACAGAAGGUACUGUUAUUGGAUCAUUCUGAAGAAUUGCACAAAAACAUACUGAAAACUUCACCCAUUAGGACGGGAAGAGUGCGUGUUUGGAAUCCAGGAAAGGCUGUAGUCGGUAAUUGGCCCACACCACCAGUAUACAAUCAAUUUCGGUCCAUGGCUGGCAAGCUGUUUCUGGACGCCAAGGGGCCAGGCGAUUUCGGACAUAACAACAGUCAGCGGUCAGCAUACAGCUGGAGCAGCCCUAACGCAUUCACUCCAAGUCGACUACACGAUUGA